CGCGCUGCUCCGCCAUGAUCCGCGCGGGGGCGGCCGCCCUGAGGGCCUGGAGCAGGGGCCGGGGCUGGGCGGCGCUCUCGACGGCGACCCCGGCCCCGCCCGCGGCCCCCGAGCCCUGCAAGGAGCUGUCCCCAGAGCCGUCCCCGGUGCUCCGCGGUUGCUCCGUGCCCGUCCCGGCGCCGCUGGUGCCGGUUCAGGCCUGGGUGGGGUCCCUGCGGCACCCCGGGGACACCCUGAGGGGCCUGGCCGACCUGCACCCCGACGUGUUCGCUGUCACCCCCAGCCACGCCCGGGUCAGGAGCCGGGCCGAGGUGAGGGGAGGGGGCCGCAAGCCCUGGAGGCAGAAGGGGUCCGGCCGCGCCCGCCACGGCUCCGUGCGCUCGCCACUGUGGCGUGGGGUGGUGGAGAGCCUGGAGCUGCCCAGCGCCGAGCCCCGGGAGCUGCUGGAGCUGGCACGACACCGGGGAUGGGGACAGUCGGUGCUGCUGGUGGACGUCAAGGAAUUCCCGCAGAACCUCAGCGCCGCGGCCGAGGGGCUCAAAUCCAUCACCCUCAUCCCAGCCCUGGGGCUGAACGUGCACAGCCUGCUGAAGCACCAGACCCUGGUGCUCACCCUGGACGCCGUCACCUUCCUGGAGCGGCGGCUGCUGUGGCACGACUCGCGCUACUCGCCCCUGUUCCCCUUCUCGCUGCCCUACCGGGACCUGCCGGGAGCCCCCCGAGCCGGGUGAGACCCCCCUGGGUGGGAUCUGAC